GGGAUGCCUGGGUUAGGUGUUCUGGAUAUUUAUUUUGCUUGAUUAUGGGUUAGGUGCCGACUUGGUCUUGCUUAAGGUGGGCCCAAUGAAAUAAAUUGGGGCUUAAAGUAACCCCCUGAAGCUGCCAUUUACCUCUUUGCUCAGUUACAGGCAAUGACAGCCUACCUGUGAGAGGGCUAUUGAGAGGUUACCCUGAGAUCCUUGGAGAGAGGGAGGAUAGAAAUUUUGUUUCUGGGUCUAUUUCAAAUACCGUUGCUUAACCAGUAGAACUUGUGAAGCAGUAAAAUACUAAGCAUUGCUACGUAGCUGAUGCUUUCAUAGAGUAAAAAUCAGCAGAAAAUGCAGAGGGGAAAGGAAUAGUUUUAUUGAGCAUGGCUAGAGUGCUCCAUUGAGUAACCAGAGGUAGAUCUUGCAUUUGUUUUGGAUGAUUUCGAUCCUUUGGUCAUGCUUGCUGAGAAGUAUCUUACAUCGUUCACAGAUUGCCCUUGAUGCACAGUGAUACAACCCCCAUUUGGAAGACUUGGCCAGAGUUCUGUAGUUGUAAUUCUCUAUUUUGUCAAUGAAACUUAAAAAAAAGAAAUUCUGAAAGCAAGUGUGGAAGGAAGGGAAGCAAGUAGAACUUGUGAAGCAGUCAAAUAGUAAGCCCUGACUGAUAUGUCACCCUCGGUGUAUUGGGUGCUUUUACAGAGUAAGAUAAGAAAUUUCCUGUCUUUGCACUAAGUUGCAAAUGCAUUAAGAUGAAAAUCCAGAGAAACCACUUUGUCGCACAUUCAGAGCCAUCACAGAAUGAAUUAAAGCUCAUUGCUUGCAUUUGAAAAGAACAGGCAGAUUCCCCGGUGCCAGCUGCACCUUUUUUUCCCACACCGUUAAAAAAAACUAUAUUUGAAAAUGCAGUGACUUUCCCAUUGCAAGAAGAUGCAUUGGGCAGAAGAAGCCUAGCACCGGUGUCCUGCGCCUGGGCGACCGUGACACUCAGAACAGGCUCCUUUGGGUGGAAUCGGCAUGCAGUAGUUGCAUACAGCGUUGGUUUGCAUCUAUGUAGGUGCCCCCCUCCUCCCAAGUUGCCGGGGUUGCAAAACAGGGAGAAAGCAGCAGCUGCUCAUCUUUGGCAGCGGAAGAUUAUGGUGGCAGCUCAGCACUAGCAAAAGCAGCAGCAGCAGCAGCAGCGGCUGAAGCAGCAGCAGAGCAGGACUUUGCCCGGAUGCAUUUUCCCCUGAAAACCAUCAGCAUUGCAAAGUGCAGCCCCGAGACUUGGCAGCCAAGCAGGAAUUGGAAGCGUUUGUAAAAGGAAGGGAACUGGCAAGGAACAGCAGGGGUGGAGGGAACCACCACCAGCAGCAUUUCCCCCUGUGUGUUUCUAGGGAGGGGGGGGGGUCGUCUCUUAUCAUGGCGGAUCGGACAGCUCCUAGAUCCCAGCUGCGUCUGGAGUGGAUAUAUGGGUAUAGGGGUCACCAGUGCCGCAACAACCUGUACUACACGGCAGGCAAGGAAGUGGUUUACUUCGUGGCUGGAGUCGGGGUGGUUUAUAACACCAGAGAGCAUACCCAGAAAUUUUUCCUGGGGCACAACGAUGACAUUAUCAGUCUAGCUCUGCACCCGGAAAAAACUCUGGUUGCUACAGGGCAAGUUGGGAAGGACCCUUACAUUUGCAUCUGGGACUCCUACAACAUACAGACGGUUUCCAUCCUGAAGGACGCUCAUACCCAUGGAGUUGCCUGCUUGGCUUUUGAUUCGGACGGCCAGCGUCUAGCUUCAGUGGGACUAGAUGCCAAAAACACAGUCUGCAUUUGGGAAUGGAGGAAAGGAAAACUUAUUGCAUCAGCUACUGGCCACUCAGACAGGAUCUUUGAUAUUUCCUGGGACCCAUAUCAACCCAACAGAGUGGCUAGCUGUGGAGUGAAACAUAUCAAGUUUUGGACGCUGUGCGGAAAUGCCUUGACAGCCAAAAGAGGAAUAUUUGGUAAAACAGGAGACUUGCAAACUAUCCUCUGUUUGUCCUGCGCAAAAGAUGACAUCACAUACUCUGGUGCUUUAAAUGGAGACAUCUACGUCUGGAAAGGGCUCACCUUAGCCCGCACGAUUCAAGGAGCUCAUGGUGCUGGCAUUUUUAGCAUGUAUGCAUGCGAAGAAGGUUUUGCCACCGGUGGGAGAGAUGGCUGCAUUCGAUUGUGGGACACUGUUUUUAAGCCCAUAACUAAAAUUGAUCUCAGGGAAAAUGAGCAAGGCUAUAAAGGUUUGUCCAUCCGAAGCGUGUGCUGGAAAGCAGACCGGCUUUUAGCAGGGACGCAGGACAGCGAAAUAUUUGAGGUCAUUGUGAGAGAAAGAGACAAGCCGAUGCUCAUAAUGCAAGGUCACUGCGAAGGAGAGCUCUGGGCCCUGGCGGUGCAUCCCAAGAAACCGUUAGUUGUUACCGGCAGCGAUGAUCGAUCUGUGCGCUUAUGGAGCCUUGCUGAUCAUGCCUUGAUUGCCCGUUGCAAUAUGGAAGAAGCUGUGCGAAGUGUAUCUUUCAGUCCUGAUGGGUCUCAGCUGGCACUGGGAAUGAAGGAUGGUUCCUUCAUUGUUCUGAGAGUAAGAGAUAUGACAGAGGUUGUUCAUAUCAAAGACCGGAAAGAGGUAAUUCAUGAAAUGAAGUUUUCGCCAGAUGGCUGCUAUCUUGCAGUGGGUUCCAAUGAUGGCCCCGUGGAUAUCUAUGCAGUUGCGCAACGGUACAAAAAAACUGGAGAAUGCAACAAGUCUUCUAGCUUUAUUACUCACAUUGACUGGUCUCUGGACAGCAAAUUCUUGCAAACUAAUGAUGGUGCGGGAGAACGCUUCUUCUACAGGAUGCCAUCUGGAAAGCAUUUAACAAGCAAAGAUGAAAUCAAAGGGAUUCAUUGGGCUUCCUGGACGUGUGUGAUGGGAUCAGAAGUGAACGGGAUCUGGCCGAAGUAUAGCAACGUUACAGACAUCAACUCUGUGGAUGGAAAUUACAAUAAUGCAGUUCUGGUGACUGGAGACGAUUUUGGAUUAGUUAAAUUGUUCAGAUUUCCUUGUCUAAAGAAAGGAGCUAAAUUUAGAAAAUACGUUGGCCAUUCUGCACAUGUUACUAAUGUCCGUUGGUCGCAUGACUUUCAGUGGGUGAUAAGUACUGGAGGUGCAGAUCACUCUGUUUUUCAGUGGCGGUUUAUUCCAGAAGGUUUAACAAAUGGAAUCCAUGAAACAGCACCCCAAGAAAGUGGCAUAGAUUCACACAGCGAAGAAUCUGACUCCGAUUUAUCUGAUGUGCCAGAGUUAGACUCAGAUAUAGAGCAAGAAGCUCAAAUCAACUACACCCGACAGGUUUACAAAGAAGAUCUACCUCAACUGAAACAGCAAAGUAAAGAGAAAAACCACUCAGUGCCCUUCCUUAAAAGAGAGCGAGCCCCCGAGGACAGCUUAAAGCUGCAAUUUAUACAUGGUUACAGAGGCUAUGACUGCCGAAACAAUUUGUUCUACACACAGACUGGGGAGGUGGUAUACCACAUUGCCGCUGUUGCUGUUGUUUACAAUAGACAGCAACACACCCAAAGACUGUAUCUCGGUCACGAUGAUGAUAUCCUCAGUCUAGCCAUCCAUCCUCUGAAAGACUAUGUUGCUACUGGACAGGUUGGGAGAGAUGCCACCAUUCACGUGUGGGACACUCAGGCACUCAAAUGUUUGUCGCUGCUAAGAGGCCAACACCAAAGAGGCGUCUGUGCCCUUGAUUUUUCAGCUGAUGGAAAAUGUCUGGCGUCUAUUGGGUUAGAUGACAAUCAUACCAUCGUACUCUGGGACUGGAAAAAAGGAGAAAAGAUGGCAGCAACCAGAGGCCAUAAAGACAAGAUAUUUGUCGUGAAAUGCAACCCCCACCAUGCUGAUAAACUGGUAACCGUUGGAAUGAAACACAUCAAAUUCUGGCAACAAGCAGGUGGUGGUUUUACCUCCAAGCGUGGCAUCUUUGGAAAUAUCGGGAAGCAGGAAACCAUGAUGAGUGUUUCAUAUGGACGAAUAGAGGACCUUGUUUUCUCUGGAUCUGCCACAGGAGACAUUUACAUCUGGAAAGAUAUUUUGCUGCUUAAGACGGUGAAAGCUCAUGAUGGGCCUGUAUUUGCCAUGCAUGCCUUAGAUAAGGGCUUUGUGACAGGUGGGAAGGAUGGAGUGGUGGCACUUUGGGAUGACACGUUUGAGAGGUGCUUGAAGACAUACGCCAUUAAAAGAGCAGCAUUGUCGCCUGGCUCCAAAGGGUUGCUGUUGGAAGAUAACCCAUCCAUUCGUGCCAUCACCUUAGGACAUGGGCAUAUACUGGUGGGAACAAAAAAUGGGGAGAUUCUUGAAAUUGAUAAAAGCGGCCCCAUGACUCUGCUUGUGCAGGGGCAUAUGGAAGGGGAGGUCUGGGGUCUGGCUGCGCAUCCCCUCUUACCUAUCUGUGCAACAGUGAGCGAUGAUAAAACUCUGAGGAUCUGGGAACUUUCCUCUCAACACCGUAUGCUGGCUGUGAGAAAGCUUAAGAAAGGAGGGCGGUGCUGUGCCUUCUCCCCCGAUGGGAAAGCCUUGGCUGUCGGGCUGAACGAUGGGAGUUUUCUGGUAGUGAAUGCUGAUACUGUAGAAGAUAUGCUUUCCUUCCAUCACAGAAAGGAAAUGAUAUCUGACAUCAAAUUUUCCCGAGAUGCAGGGAAAUAUCUGGCAGUGGCUUCCCAUGAUAAUUUUGUAGAUAUUUACAAUGUGCUUACCAGCAAAAGAGUUGGCAUCUGCAAAGGGGCAUCCAGCUAUGUCACGCACAUUGACUGGGAUUCAAGAGGGAAGCUAUUGCAAGUCAAUUCUGGUGCCAAAGAACAAUUCUUUUUUGAAGCUCCGAGAGGAAAGAGGCAUGUUAUAAGAUCCACCGAGAUUGAGAAGAUCGAGUGGGACACAUGGACUUGUGUCCUUGGUCCUACCUGUGAAGGGAUUUGGCCGAUGCCCAGCGACGUCACCGUUAUCAACGCAGCUUCUCUUACCAAAGAUUGCACGCUCUUAGCUACAGGGGAUGAUUUUGGGUUCGUAAAGCUCUUCAGAUACCCGGUCAAGGGUCAGCAUGCUAAGUUCAAGAAGUACGUGGGGCACAGCGCCCAUGUGACUAAUGCCCGCUGGUUACACAAUGACUCUGUGCUUCUGACAGUGGGGGGAGCCGACACUGCUCUGAUGAUCUGGACUCGAGAAUUUGUGGGCACCCAAGAAAGCAAACUAGUGGACAGUGAGGAGUCAGAUACGGAUGCCGAAGAGGAUGGAGGUUAUGACAGUGAUGUUGCAAGAGAAAAGGCAAUUGACUACACCACGAAGAUCUAUGCCGUGAGCAUCCGAGAGAUGGAAGGCACAAAACCGCACCAGCAGCUGAAGGAGGUUUCCGUGGAGGAAAGGCCUCCAGUUAGCAGAGCUGCUCCUCAACCUGAGAAACUGCAAAAGAAUAACAUCAAUAAAAAAAGGAAACUGGUUGAGGAGUUGGCUUUAGACCAUGUUUUUGGGUAUCGCGGAUUUGAUUGUCGCAACAACCUUCAUUACCUCAACGAUGGUGCUGAUAUUAUUUUCCAUACUGCUGCAGCAUGCAUCGUUCAAAACCUUUCCACAGGAAGCCAGACUUUCUACCUGGAGCACACAGAUGACAUCCUCUGCCUAACAGUCAACCAGCACCCAAAGUACAAAAACGUGGUGGCAACCAGCCAGAUUGGUACAACACCUUCUAUCCACAUAUGGGAUGCUAUGACUAAGCAGACUUUGUCUAUGCUGCGUUGCUUCCAUUCCAAAGGAGUGAAUUACGUCAACUUCAGCGCUACUGGCAAGCUCCUAGUGUCUGUGGGAGUUGAUCCUGAACAUACAAUCACAGUGUGGAGAUGGCAGGAAGGUGCUAAAAUUGCAAGCAGAGGAGGCCACCUAGAAAGGAUCUUUGUUGUAGAGUUCCGUCCAGAUUCAGACACCCAGUUUGUCUCUGUUGGAGUCAAACACAUGAAAUUCUGGACUCUGGCUGGAAGCGCUUUGCUCUAUAAAAAGGGAGUCAUUGGUUCGUUGGAAGAUGCCAAAAUGCAAACCAUGCUUUCUGUGGCCUUUGGAGCGAACAACCUUACUUUCACUGGUGCCAUAAAUGGAGAUGUUUAUGUCUGGAAGGAUCACUUUCUAAUCAGACUGGUGGCAAAAGCUCACACUGGGCCCGUCUUUACAAUGUACACAACACUUCGCGAUGGACUCAUUGUUACUGGAGGGAAAGAAAGACCGACGAAAGAAGGAGGUGCUGUGAAACUGUGGGAUCAGGAGAUGAAACGCUGCCGGGCAUUUCAGCUUGAGACAGGGCAAAUCGUGGAGUGUGUCCGUUCCGUGUGCCGAGGCAAAGGCAAAAUUUUAGUGGGAACCAAAGAUGGAGAAAUAAUUGAAAUUGGAGAAAAAAAUGGUGUUUCUAACCUGCUGAUUGACAGCCACAUGGAAGGAGAGAUUUGGGGCUUGGCUACUCAUCCCUCCAAAGACAUCUUCAUCUCUGCUAGCAAUGAUGGCACCGCAAGGAUCUGGGACCUUUGUGACAAAAAACUUCUGAACAAAGUGAAUCUGGGCCAUGCUGCCAGAUGUGCCGCCUACAGCCCCGACGGCGAAAUGGUCGCCAUCGGCAUGAAGAACGGAGAGUUCAUCAUUCUGCUCACGAACAGCCUUAAAGUGUGGGGCAAGAAAAGAGACCGCAAGUCUGCCAUCCAGGACAUCAGAAUCAGCCCUGACAACCGGUUCCUGGCAGUGGGCUCACAGGAACACACUGUUGACUUCUAUGAUCUCACCCAAGGCACAACCCUGAACCGCAUCGGCUACUGUAAAGACAUCCCAAGCUUUGUCAUUCAGAUGGAUUUUUCCGCAGACAGCAGAUACAUUCAGGUAUCGACAGGUGCCUAUAAACGCCAAGUCCACGAGGUGCCAUUAGGGAAGCAGGUGACGGAUGCAGUGUUCAUUGGGAAGAUCACCUGGGCCACCUGGACAAGUAUCCUUGGAGAUGAAGUCAUUGGUAUUUGGCCUCGAAAUGCGGAUAAGGCAGAUGUCAACUGUGCUUGCGUAACCCACGCUGGCCUGAACAUUGUCUCCGGGGAUGACUUUGGACUAGUCAAACUCUUUGACUUCCCCUGCACUGAAAAAUUUGCCAAACACAAGCGUUACUUCGGCCAUUCGGCUCACGUCACCAACAUACGCUUCUCUCACGAUGACAAGUACGUUAUCAGCACAGGAGGAGAUGACUGCAGCGUAUUUGUAUGGCGAUGCCUUUGAAGGUCACUUUCCUCCAGUUCCGCUCUUGCUACCACCGCCAUGUGAGUGCCAAACAGGGAUGCCUCCCAAGACCUCAGCAGGCGGCUUUGUUACAAAACGCUGCGUAGAUUCUAAAUGUGUGAAACUUGACCUAUGUUGGAUGCCACAACCAUCCCCCAACCAUUCAACCAUUGCGAAAGAAGGAAAAAUUACCAUAUUUUUCCAUGUAUAAGACUAGGGUUUUUUCCUUUAAAAUGUCCAACAAUUCUGGGGCGUCUUAUACACGGAUAGAUCUCCCCCCCCCCCAAUUUUCUUAAAUUGGAGUCCCCCAAAAUAGGGGUGGGUUAUACAUGGGGGCCGUCUUAUAGACGGUAAAAUACGGUAAUUGAUUUGGUCCUUAAGACUGAAGGAUGCCCAGUUUGGUUUGCACUAACGGCUAUCUGUCAUGGGUGCUUCAGGUGAGAUUCCUGCAUUGCAGGGGGUUGGACUAAUGAUUAUUGGGGGUCCCUCCCAACUCUUAUGAUUUGAAACCUCUCUUGCUGAAAAUCAAGUGUCCUAAUCUGCGAAGCCCAUAGUGCAAACUUAAGCUCCAGUAGCCUUUUUGACAACAAAACAAGUUGCGAUUUGAAGAUUAUUUUUAAAAAGUAUUCGUGUUUUCAUAAACCAAACCAUUUUGAAACCACCCACAACAAAACCUUAUUGGGCAAGGGACGCCUUCGGAGUAAAGAAAGCUUUGAGCCAUGGCUAUUUUUAUACUGAGCAAAUUAUUAUUCCCCCCCUCUCCUUCCCAAAUAUUUCUGGUUUUAAAAAUAAGUUCAUUUGCCAGUUUUCUAUGAAGUGCCUUUUGAAAGCUUUGCCAGUGGUACAGGAUUCCUGCCUGUGUCUGCUUUCUACUCUUGGUGCUACAACUUCCACAACUGACGAGGGCUGACAAAGUCAUUUCCCCUCCUGCUCUCCCACUCUUGAUGUUCAAUUCUCUCUUCUUUUGCUUUUGUAUUUUAUUUUGUAUUUUAACUUGAGUCUCAACUGGUUCUUUUAACAAGAGUGGGUGGGGUGCAAGGAAAGUCUCAUAUAUAUAGCUGCCCGUCAAAUUAAAUCUGCCACGUAUCAAAUGCAGUCUUGAGGAUAGGAGUGGAGGGCUUGUGGUCCUCUGGAAGUUGGUCAGCUCCUACUCAGGUUUCCAUAAGGAAAAAGGGGAGAUUAUUCUCUUUCUGGUCCCCUCCCACUUGCAGAAGAACCUUUUCCCGCUUUGUUUCUAGGUCGGGGCCAAUAAUGGCAAUGCUUUCAUAAAUAAACCUUCCUCCACCUUUGUUCCAAAGAUUUGGCAAACAAUUCGGCAGCUACACACAGGCUCUCAGGCAGGGGACCAAGAAGCUGCAGAAUUUUGUUCCUCACCCAGAAAAAUCCAAUAGCAGUGGUAGAACAUGCCUCCUAUACUUAGAAGAUUACAGGUUCAGUUUCCUGUACUUUACAGGGAGGAAAUGGAAAGAUCCUUUUGCCCCAAGGUACUGGGUUUGGGUGCUAUGGUUAAGGCUGCAAUAGUUAGCUGGCCACUGAAGGGAAAGGGCUCCUCCUAUCCUCUUUGCCAAGUCAGGCAGGGCCAUCAGCAGCUGCUGAAAGAGGCCACUGCAUCCUCCUUUGCUAGCAAUACUCUACAAACAGAUAGCCUCCCUGCAUAAGGACAAGCAAGGGUAAGCAGCUCCACUCCUAGGUUUAAGAGAGAGCCAAAAUAAAACUGGAGAAUUCUCCAGACGGGUAGGAGAGGGGAUCAGCGUCUAAUGUGCAAAAGUGCUACCAUUUGUUGAGAGUCGAUCAAUAGAAUAUAUUAAUGCCUUACAUGCCUCUAUGAUUUCCGACACACAGGUCCCUAUGCAGUCUUAUUCCCAUACUCUUCUCUGUUAAGGAAGCCUUUCUGUAUUAGGCAGUGUAAUCAUAUUGAGCUGUUGAUGUCAGGUGGUCACCUUGUUUGCCUAUGUUGUAAUGCUGGCCUUUUCAUAUUGAUUGUAUCCCAAUUCUUUUUUUAAAAAAAAACAAAUAAAAUGUGACAGAAUGAAUUGCUAUGUAGUGAAAUUGUGCAAAAAUAUUUAAGAGCAAUAGUGUGUGUGUGUGUGCCAGGAAGAGAUUUGUUUGUAUUUGUUUAUAUGGUUUGAUUUUAGGAACAAUAUACUCAGACCUGAUGCUGUAUUAUAAUGUAAAUUAAAAUAGUACUUGCAUGAGUUUAUUUUUCAAGCGAUCCAGUAAAAGAUUUAUGAUUUGAAA